GCGAUGUAAACGCUGGAUUGUGGUAUAUCAAGUGCGAAUGCGAUCGUUAUACGUCUACCAAGUUCCCCCGCUCGCUCACUCCCAUCCUCUAAUAAUAUGACUCUAGUCUCGAAUGAUCCCAGUUGGUGGCCAAUCGUCAAUGCGAAUAUUAUUGGCAGCUAUUCCAUAGUUGCCACCUCUGUCGGGGUAAUGUACGAUUCGGUAUUUCUAGGACUUACGUUCGGACAAGAGGUUGAACUGAUCUGGAGGCAACGCCGGUCCCUAAUGACCUUUCUCUAUCGCAUUGUGCGCUAUGCUGGAAUAGGAUAUGCUGUGAUAGACAUACUGGGCCUUAUCAUUUACAACGCACUUGAUUGGAUGGGUGACGCUGUAGAUGUACUGCUGGGCGUCAUCAUGAUCGCUCGGUUAUAUGCCAUGUAUCAGCGAUCCAGAAAGGUGUUGAUAUUUCUCAUUGUCAUCUUUCUGGCCGUCAGAAUCGCCAGCGCAGUGGUGGUUGUAAUAAUGUCGAUGCAGGUUGCAGGGGAGGAAUUCGUUCUCUCUGGCACCUAUCAGUGCAUCAUUGGCUACGCAGGAGAUUCCUUACUUCUGGAUUCCAUGACUUGGAUACUUGGCACUGUGUGGGAGGUCCUUGUACUGUGUCUCGCGGUCUGGAUUGCUGUACAGCACUUCCGUGAACUACGACAACACUCAACAAGUGGCAUCAUUGGGGACUGUUUCACAGUGUUAAUGAAAACUCAUGUGAGUUACUUUGCAAGUUUUUUUGCUAUCCCUUGUUUCCAGAUCGGUUUAUUCUCUCCAACACUCUCAGCGGACACAUUCCCUGGACACUCAGAUUUUUCUCGGUCUCAGUCAGAUAUUCCAGUUCGUACAGCUGUUUGUGCUGGGACCACGUCUCAUCCUCGGUGUUCGGGAAUAUCACGCUAA